AAGUCGAAGUUGGUCAGCCAGCAGUUUGGGGUGCGAACCAACUAAAUAACACCACUGCCAACGAGUAUCGGGACGACUAUUAUUCUUUGCUCUCUCUUUGCUUACCUUCCCGGGAACGAAUUUUUGGGUUACGAACUUCACUAAGGACCUACUCUAUUUCGCGAUUCCUCUUGCGAUCGGGUACCGCUGGCCAAAGGUCAUAUUCGACAACCGACAGUCGUGGGGAAAGAAGAGGCUGUUGACUUCCCACCUGUCAACUGGAAGAGGCGGAAAUUUGGACGGCUGGCGUCUUUCCGCAUCAAUUCCUUAGAAUGGAAGCCGCCACUACCAGCUUUGCUUUACGUAGACCAGCGGCUGACACGCUCCCUCCUUUUCAGCUACCGAUUCGAGGACUAGAUGUCCAGGUCCCUAGUAUGGCGGAUUUUCCUUAUAAUCCAGUUCACACUCCACCCUCCCGCACAUCCUCUCCCAUUGCUCUCGGAUACAAUUCCAACAAGGCACCAUGUACACAGUAUGAUCAACGAAGACAAAGCUACAACAGUCUGACAUCCUCCACAGGAGUGACUGGAAGUCAAAGUAUCAGCCCACUCUCGUCGAGCGUCAACAGCGGUAGCUCGCGGACUUCACAACCAGGACAGCAAGCGGUGACCGCAUAUACUCAGGACUCCUGGUAUACUCCACCCGUGUCUGUGGCUUCGCCCUAUUCCUCCAGUCCGGUGAACCAGGGACUUAUGCAACCCAAUUACAACCGCACGAGCUACCCUCCCGUCGGCUCCACAUACCCUCGAAGUUCGCAACCUUCGACGACGGCAGAGGGACUGACAGCUACCUCCGCAUACGAUAGUGGCUCUUCGUCUUUUCCUCUUCCCGUAUCAGGGGGCGGCGUUGGCCCUCCUACCAUCCUUUCGCCGCCCUCACACCAACAUCAACCUCCUUUACGAACCUCGAUAAUGAGCAGCAGCCAUGGGCAAGGAUCGCAACCACAUACUCCUUCCACAACAGGCCCCUCAGAUCCCUACGCGCGGUCUCAGACAAGUUCUAGUUAUUACCACCAACCGCCUCCGCCAUCGACGCAAUCUUCCUUCUCUUCCUUUACAUCUACCCACAACUCGCCUCCACUAACAUCACCGACAACAGGAGGAGGGCUAUCGAGAGGGAUCUCGUCGCUGAGUCCGCACCACCACCAGCAUUCUCCGAUACAGGCGCCGCAUUACUCACAUCCACCAUACCCCUACCGCCCACAUCCUCCAGCACUGGCAGGGGCAGUUUUGACGAACAUGCAAAACCCAGGAGGCCAGGUUGCUCUUGUAGGCGGUAUGAACCAUAUACCCCCCCAAUAUCACCAUUCCGGAUCACUUCUUGGUUCUAUGUACCAUCCCCAUGGGGCAGCGAAUUCCCAGCAGGAUCGCCCCUUCAAAUGCGAUGAAUGUCCCAUAUCUUUUAAUCGGAAUCACGAUCUAAAGAGACACAAGCGAAUUCACCUUGCAAUUAAACCUUUCCCCUGCACUUUUUGCGACAAAAGCUUUUCCAGAAAGGAUGCUCUAAAGCGGCAUAGACUUGUCAAAGGCUGCGGGACAGGGAAAAGUUCACCGAAUGGUGGAAAUCGAAAUACGCCUCCGGAGGACUCAAGACGCGGCUCUGAUGGACCUUCAAGCUCUGCACUAGGAAUCAAGGAAGAGCCAAUGUAAAAUUUAAAGCGUAGUUUCAUACUACAGCAUCCUAUUGAGUGAGGCUUUGCUCCGGGAGCACGAUCGUCGGGCGAGGGUUACGUUAAGAUCAGACCGGUACGGCCAAGAAUCGCGAGUAUUCAUUA